AUGACCGGAGUAGUGCGGCUUUGGUACGUACUUCUCGGUGACAACGGCCCCACUCCGCCACGCUCGAUUGAAAUCGGCCUGGACGAGCUGGUGUGUGAUCUUCAGAAGAUCAUCACGACGAAGAAUUGCAUCCAUGACGUUGAGCUUGAAUACAUCGUAUUGUAUAAGUCAAACCAGUCAAUCCCUAUCACUCCUGAAAACCAUCUGUCCGGACGCAUCAAAAAUAAAGGAGAUAUUGACACUUUAGCCAUCGAAGUUGAGGAGUCGUCUGAUAGUUUUAAGUAA